AUGGGGUCCACGUCGGACGGGUCGCUGCGAACGACGAACGUCUCCGUGGCGGUCGUCAAGAGCACGAGCUACGACGUAAAGCGGGGCGGCGCGAAGACGUUCAUGCUCGCGACGGACGACUCGCCCGCGGCGCGCGUGGCGUUCGCGCUGCUGGUCACGAAGCUCGCGACGCCCGCGACGAACGACGCGAUCAAGAUCUUCACCGCGGUGGGCGGGGAGCGCGGGGAGGACAUCGUCGCGAAGUACGCGGCGGAGUGCGCGCGGCUGGGGUUCGCGAAGUGCGAGACGAGGGCGGAGUGUCACGAGAAGAGAGUCGAGGCGGGCGAGAGCGUGUCGGACGCCAUCCUGAAGGCGGCGAGGGCGUGGGAGGCGGACGCGUUGCUCCUCGGGACGAACGCGUUCUCGAGUAAGACGCUGGGGAGCGUCUCGGACGGGUGCGCGCAGGAGGCGCGGUGCACGACGAUCGUGGUGAAGGAUCCGCGGGUGUAG